GACUUUUUUGACAGCCUAAUAUAUGAAAUAGUUGUCCUCCAUCAAUGCUCAUGAUGCUGAUAAAGCGUUUGUGUGGAUUUUGAUUGACCUAAGCAGAAAACUUUGGCAUCAUUAAAACAAACAUUUCAUUCCUGAAAGAAAAAUUAUCAUCCUAUCGAAAUUAAAUACCAGUUUGGGAGGAGAGAAAGUUUUCGUCGGGUAACAGAUCCUAUUGCUAGAGCUAGCGAACUAUUAGUAACCAAAUAGGAUUAUAUGCUCGUUAAAAAGUUUAACGUUUUAUGUCUGAGAGAUCACACAAAUAAGGAUACCUUUUAUGAAGCACUAGGUUACUACUACGAGAAAAAUCGCCAAACUGGUCCGGUUUGGUUAUGUGAUAAAACGUCUAUGAGUGGUUCUCACGUGAUAACAUCAGGUACCCCCGACAGAAUUGUACAUUUAGAAUGUAUUGUUAUAUUUCCGUUUCUAGUGGUCGUGUAUGCUGGCUUAUCGAAUUUCAUUUAGAAACCAGUUCUUCUAUACAAAUUAGCAGGUUGUUUCGUUCAUUAUUUUGAUUUGGGCUCUGUGUCGGUUAAUAGCGUGAAAUCAAAACGUCAUCGUCAUUUUUCGGAGAGUUUGUACUAUGUUAGUCUGAUAUUGAACUAUGGAGCAAGCGGACCUGGUUCGCAAACUGGUUUACUGGAACAUCCCAAGGAGAGUUAGUUAGGUAUUUCCCAUCUUAGUGGUGGAGUGAUGUUCUGUAGCAGUGUCGGUUGCGGUGGCAGAUUCAAUCAUCGUAAAACAGAUCGAUAACAAUGUUGUACUGCAGUUCGGAGAAAUCAGCUAUAGUACUGUUAUUCGUAUUGCUGUCUCAAAAUGUGCUUCAAGUUUCAUUGAAACAAUAUCAAAUACCUAGUUUGAGGGGUAACUGGUUCAAAGCCUUUGAGUUUUGCAGAUCGAUCGGAAUGCAACUCGCCACAAUUCGAUCCAGAGAUGAGAACGACGCCAUAGCCAGAUAUAUUCAGGAUACAGACAAGUACAACGACGUGUCCAGUACCUUCUGGAUAGGAGGGAGCGAUUUGGCUGAGGAGGGUACUUUCUCGUGGAUGCCAACGGGACGGCUGGUAACGUUUUCCAACUGGUCUCCUGGGGAACCGAACAAUGCUUUCGGUUCUGAGCAUUGCACCCAGCUGGUUUACAUUCCUCGCUUUGAGCAAAGGUGGACAUGGAACGAUAACAACUGCACAGAUUUGUACAUAUAUUUUGUUUGUGAGACUGCGUCGCAAGAUUGUAUAAAGGAGUUCUAGCGUUGUUCGUCCUUGAAACGGCGAUCUCUGUCGAAUAAAAGUCGUAUGCUUGUUGUCGAGCUUCUCAGAAGUGAUUAUAAUACACGAAAUGCUCUAAAUAAUUUGUGUUUGAGCCACUGUGUUUCAUCUGUGUCUGUACUAGUUCAACUGUGACCGAAAAAGUGUAUCAAUUUAAAGUGAAAUUAAAGCUUUAUAACCAAAC